UUUCAGGGUUCGUUUAAUGUCUGUUUUUAUGGUAAUUUAAGCAUUUUUUAUUUUAAUAGUGGGCCUUCAAACUCUGUUUUUCCAAAAACAAAUUCUGGUCUCUCGCCUGCUUUUGAAAAAUCAUUUCCUAUUAAGAGCGCUGCAGGUUCAUCCUCAAGGAGUGGCACAUGUCGACGUAGUCCAAAGAAAGUUCAAAGAUGGUAUCUCAGUACUGUAGAAGAGACUGUACGUGAGGAAGAAAAAGAGAUUUAUAGGCAACUACUACAGGUAGUGACUGGGAAAACGUAUCUGUCCACAACCUCUAUCUUUCCUCCUGAAACAUCUCGGUGUUUGAGUUCAAGCAACAGUAUUUCAGAACAACCUGGUGCUUCAAGCCUCAGUUCCCUGGAACCUUAUAGCCUGGAUUUAGAAACGUCAUACAAGCCCUCUCUAAGUUUUAUACAGCCAUCAACUCAUGUUCUUGAACCAUUGUUUAAUAACACAUCUGAAAUUAAACUUAACAGUGAGGCUAGAAUCCCUAUUAAUAAACAGCUCUGCAAGGAACAAAAUCACACAAGUCCAUCACAAUCUGAAGGUUCAAGUUCAGAUUUAGUCCUUGAAGAUGCUGUACCCAAAGAACAAAAAUCUACUAGUCAAUCAAUUUUCCAGGCAUUACUCUGGAUAAAAGAAAUCUCUAGCACCUAUGAUUCAAGAGCAAGAGAAAGAAGCAGACAAAUAGAAAAAGAAAAAGCACGUGCUUUACAGUUACAGAAAGAGCGAUUGCGGGACCAUUCGGUUUAAGAAUCUGUAGACUUGCACCUAAGGGUGCCUCUUGAAAAGGAAAUACCUGUGACUUUGCUUCCAAAAAAAGAAAUACAGGAAGAGGAGAAUGCAUUUCCUGAAUUAACAGAGGAAAUGGAUCGAGAAAUAAAACGUGCAUUUUUUGGUGGCAGCCAAGAUCAAACUUUAAGUGAAGCCUUUCGUUUAGCAAUUACCCGUAAGGACAUUAUGACACUGAAUAAUCUGAACUGGCUAAAUGAUGAGAUUAUAAAUUUUUAUAUGAAUCUUUUGGUGUAAAGAAGCAAGAAAAAGUGUUUGCCCACGGUCCAUGCAUUCAACACAUUCUUUUAUCCCAAGUUGAAAAAUGGCUAUAUAGCUGUUAAAAGAUGGACAAAAAAGGUGGACAUAUUCUCAAUGAACAUUAUAUUGGUUCCAGUUCACCUUGGAGUUCAUUGGUGUUUAGUAGUGAUAGAUUUUAGGAAAAAGUCCAUCACAUAUUAUGACUCCAUGGGUGGUUUAAAUAAUGAAGCUUGCAGAAUAUUAUUACAUUACCUAAAACAAGAAAGCCUAGAUAAAAAGGGAGUAUGUUUUGACACAAAUGGUUGGACUCUGUCCUGAAAGAACAAUCAGGAAAUCCCACAACAAAUGAAUGGGAGUGACUGUGGAAUGUUUGCCUGCAAGUAUGCAGACUACAUUACCAAAGAUAAGCCAAUCACCUUUACCCAGCGUCACAUGCCAUACUUCAGAAAGAAAAUGGUUUGGGAAAUUCUUCAUCAGAAAUUGCUUUGAAAUUUCUCUGGAAUUAAGAGAAUUCAAAAAGUAACCGGUGACAAAUGUAUCACAGUUCACUGAGCAGAACAUGGACCAAGGAACAUCAGCUUUUUUUUU